AUGUCUGAUCUAUAUAACAAGUUAGGUCCACAAGGACGUGCACUAUUGAAUAAAUCACAACAACAAGCUUAUACCUACAACAAUGACCCCGAUCACCAGCCGCAAGAUCUUGACUUUGUCAUUGAUGAACUAAGAAACCCCAAGCCAAACACCACAGUCAACAGAGUAUUGGGUUAUCUAUACAACUAUGUUCCUUACAUUAAGCAUGAGAGGAAUUUAGGUUUAGUCAUUGCCAGUUUUUUAAACACCCCAGUGUGUUUUGGACCUAAUACCCCGCCCUUUGAAGAAAACUAUUUGAUCAUUGAGGUGUUUAAAUUAAUUACUGACAAGAAAUUAGAAGUUUCUCAACCAACAUUAUCAAUCAAAGAUUUCUACACUGUUAUUAGGAAAGAGUUGGAGAAUUUUGUAUGGUAUAAUCCUAGUGCAAAUAGCUGGAAAGUGUUGCCGAUAAUUUGUGGAAUGAUGUUAUCGAAUUCGCUUCGUAAUGAAUUGUACGUUGAGGCGAAUUAUUUCCAAUACAACUGGUUCUUUGAUGAGUGGGAUGAAAAAAUGAAGAAGUUAUUUGUCCACUGUUUAGAGUAUAGUUUGAGCAGCAGUCACUCGGAAGAAAUUGUGUUUCUUAGUGUAACAAGUUUAGCCUUGGUUUAUCAAAAGGGUGAAAGCGUUAAGAAAUAUACCAAGCGUAUUGGUGAUGCAUUUAUGGUGGAAGUCCUUAUGGAUAUAAUAUUUCUAUCCAACAAAGUUUCAACCUUGCUGUAUCAACAAUAUUUCAGACUUAACCCACAAGGCCCAAACAUCGAAAAUGAAGCAAAUAAGCAAAUUUUGCAGAAGCCAGUGAUUAAACACUUGAACAAGUUUUCCUUCCUUCUUGCUGCGUAUUUCACCCUGUUGAAGUAUAAUAAUGACAAUGAAGACUUGAUUCUAGCAAACUUGACGAGAAUUGCCGACUUUAACAAAAUGGUUAACCACAUGUCUGCAUCUUCAGUAUUCAAUACAUUUGCAAGUGCCAAGGAAAGCAAUCCUUUGUUUCAGCUGUUUUGGUACUUUAUGAAGAACUUGUUGUUUUCUGAAGUAAUCAUUUUCCAAGGUAUAUUUACCAGAUUUCUUACUGGGAACCAAUCAAAUUUCAUUUGGUUUAAUAAUCGAGAUUUGGAUAUCAUGCAACGUGCAUACAGACAAGUGGCAUUAAACACAAUACCUAGCUUGUACUAUCUCAAUUUCAUUUUGCUUUCAAUAGGACAAGGAGGGUUUGAUAAUUACAAUUUUGUUUACUACCUAGGUGUCGAAUUGGCCCUCUCAACGGGCCAUCAUUUAGAACAAUUGGAAUUGCGAUUGUUUCUGGAUUAUAAUGAGAUCAACUUGUACCCGGAUGUGUUGGAUCACAACUAUAUAAUGCAGCUGAAGGUGUUGUUUGUAUUGGGACUAUGGGAAAACUAUUUACAACAAAAACCCAUUCAAAGCGAACCCUAUGCCAAGAAAAUUUACCUCCUUGUCAGGGAUUUAGCCAAUGACUCCAAAUACUCGAGUGAUGAUUUAAUUGAAGCAAGUCAUUCGGUGUUGUUAUUUUAUUUUGCCAAUAGUAAGAAUGUUGAUCUUAUUGAUUGUAUUGAAUAUGUCAAUUUAUUAAUCAGCCAGUUCCCCAAUCGGCUAUCAGCCACACAAUUGUGCAUUGCUAUUGAAACCAUUGGUAAAAAAAUUCUUUCCAAUCCUCAACCAUACCCGGAAAACUCCAUUUAUAUCAGUUCGGCUGAUGAAUUUUUCCAUUUCUUGGCCGAUAAAUGUGCUCCAAUUAAACCCGGAUUCCCCAUAAAAGCAACUAUUCCACUGGAUAAUCCCAGUUUUGCUUCCGCGCAACCCAUAUCGGAGAUUGAAGCUCAUGCGACAUUGAAUACGUUGGAACAGGAUAAGAGAAUGGAAAACGAUAUCAUCCAUGAAAACAAGGCCAAAAAACCCAAGGACAAGGUUGUUCGCGAUCUUUUACCUCGUUUCAAAAAGGAGUACAAGUUUGAAAAUCGACUUGCUCCCGAAACUGUUCGAGAAGCUUCUGUAUUGGCAUUGAUCAAUUUAGUGCCGUAUUUCCCAUUGUCGGUGUUUAUUACAUGGUUGGAGAGAAUAUGGGAUUUGAUUGUAAAGAGUAACGUACUGGAGGCUAAUUAUUUAACGGGUAUGUUGUGGAAAGUAUUGAGUGAUAGUCUCGAUUUGAAUCGAGUCGAGUUGGCCAUGAGGUGGUGGUAUGGAACAAAACAAUUGUCAGAGAGAAAUUAUGUUGCUGCAAAAAUAUAA